CUCGCACGCGCCGGGCACUUUGAUAUGACGUGUUAGACAUGCGACGCGUGGAUAACACCAGUCUCAUCACAACGUACAGCGAGGUAUAAAGACAAGCGUCUCGUUCCAGCUGAAAUAUCGCGAGAAGCAGAGCACAGGUGCGCACGGAAGAUGACGGACACUAAGCGUCUGGCCUUCUCCAUCAUCCAGUUCCUUCAUGAGCAGCUCAGUUCGGGGGGUUUGACGUCAGAUGCACAGGAAAGCCUGGAAGUUGCGAUCCAGUGCCUCGAGACAGCAUUUGGGGUCUCUAUGGAAGAUCAGAGCCUUGCGGUCACUCAAACGUUACCAGAAAUUUUUGCUUCAGCUACACCAGUGGUGUUUCAGCAUGCUGGGACACCCCAAGUGAAGAUCAACCUUGUUCCAGAUUCUCCUACAGAGGAGCAAGUUGUUGAAGCAGAAAGACUGAAAACAGAAGGCAAUGAUCAAAUGAAGGUGGACAACUUUAAUGCUGCUGUUGAGUUCUACUCCAAGGCUAUUCAGCUAAAUCCCAAAAGUGCUGUUUAUUACUGCAACAGGGCUGCAGCUUACAGCAAACUGGGGAAUUAUGCUGGAGCUGUACAGGACUGUGAGCUUGCCAUUGGAAUUGACCCUAAUUAUAGCAAAGCAUAUGGAAGAAUGGGACUGGCACUGGCAAGUUUAAACAAACAUACAGAUGCUGUGACUUACUAUAAGAAAGCACUGGAACUGGAUCCAGAAAACGAAACCUACAAAUCUAACCUGAAAAUAGCUGAAGAUAGAGUGAAGGAGACACCAAGUCCAACUGGAGGACUUGGUGGAAUUGAUCUGGCUGGUUUGCUCAGUAAUCCUGGAUUCAUGAACAUGGCAUCUACUCUCAUGAAUAACCCACAAGUGCAGCAACUGAUGUCAGGAAUGAUGUCUGGAGCAUAUGGUCCUGUUGGAACAGCAGCUGCUCCAGGGGCAAGUGCUACAAAUGAUCUCUCUGGCCUCAUCCAAGCGGGUCAGCAGUUUGCCCAGCAGAUGCAACAGCAAAAUCCAGAGCUGAUUGAGCAGCUGAGAAGUCAGAUCCGCAGCCGAACACCCAGUGCUAGCAACGAGGAUCAGCCCUGACACAUACUUGGCUUGGUUAAAGGAUGUAUUUGAUACAUGAAGACUGGCUGUCCUCUUAUUUUUGUUAUUUUUAAUUUAAAGAACUUGCAUGUUUGGCCCCAUUUAUCUUCCUAAAUAUGGUUUAGUAGAGACCAACUUACCAAAUAAAUGGAAACAGCUGUUUUUUCUUUCUUUAAAAAAAAAACCCAAGCCACUGCAUUUUUUUUUUCCAGUCAACAUAAAGGUGACAUCAGUUUUACUGGAAAAUGUAAUAUCAGUGUAGUAUGUGGUUUAGCUGUUGUACAUGUCCAGUCCCAGCCAGUGAACUUUUUAAUGCAACAAUUUAAGUCAUCCUAGACAAAAAAAAAAACAAAUUUCAUCGGUUUCAACUAAAAUAAUAGUUUCUACAUUUGCACAGCUGUUUAUAUAAUAGCUACCUACAUAUGUCUGAGCUUUUGUUAUAAAAUAAAUGAAUAAAUUCCAGA